AUGGCGUCGGGGUGGUUCUGCUGGGUCCUCCUGCUGCUCCUGCCCGCCUCGGCCCAUGCCGAGGGUCCCGGCCCCGUCCUCGUCAACCGCCCCUUUGUCACCAUCUGGAACAUCCCCACCGAGCGCUGUGCCAAGAAGUACAAUGUCACCCUCAACCUGGAGAUCUUCGACGUGUUGGCCAACGACCAGCAGUCCUUCAUAGGGCAGGACAUCACCCUCUUCUACACCAAGGACCUGGGACUCCUCCCCUACUACACAGCUGAGGGGGUGCCGGUGAACGGGGGGCUCCCCCAAAAUGCCAGCCUGCAGGCCCACCUCCACGAGGCCGCCCGGGACAUCGAGGCCCUUCUGCCCAGCCCUGCCUAUAACGGGUGGGUUCGCAACUGGGCUUCCAUGGACAUCUACCGGCAGAAGUCGGAGCAGCUGGUGCGGCAGCAGCACCCGCAGUGGCCCCCCGCGCAGGUGAAGGAGGUGGCCAAGCAGCAGUUUGAGCAGAGCGCCCGCAAUUUCAUGGAACAGACCCUGCAGCUGGGGGAGACCCUCCGUCCCAACGGCUACUGGGGUUUCUAUGGCUUCCCCAGUUGCUACAACAGCGACUUCAACAGCCUGCCCUACACCGGGAAGUGCCCAGAGGUGGAGCAGGAGAGGAACAAGGAGCUGUGGUGGCUCUGGAAGAGCAGCCGGGCGCUCUACCCCAGCAUCUACCUGCCCUCCCAGUUCAAAGGCACCAAGAAGGCGCUUCCGUAUGUCCGUCAUCGCGUGGCCGAGGCCUUCGCUGUCCAGCGCGGCGUCCUUGACAACGGCAUCCCUGUCCUGCCGUACUCCCAGAUCGCCUUCACCUACACCGUCGACUUCCUCUCCCAGGAGGACCUGAUGAACACCAUCGGGGAGAGUGCGGCCCAGGGUGGUGCCGGCAUCGUCCUCUGGGGCAGCCUCAACUACAGCACCUCCCAGGAGAUGUGCCUGAGGCUGAAGGACUACGUGGAGGGGCCCCUGGGCCACUACAUCGUCAACGUGACGGCCAGCGCCGAUCUGUGCAGCCAGAGCCUGUGCUCCGGCCGGGGCCGCUGCGUGCGCCAGGAGAACGAGCAGGGCUUCCUCCACCUCGACCCCUCACGCUUCUCCAUCGACCUGCAAGCUGGCAAGCCCUGGGUGGUGGCACAGAGCCUGGAGCCCAUCGACGAUGCCUUCCGUCUGGCUGGGGAGUUCCGCUGCCAGUGCUAUGGCAAGUGGCAGGGACCUCGCUGUGACACCCAGGGCUUUGCUGAAUGA